UGUCUUCACUGGCUGAUUAUGUCGUAUGUGCUGACUCAGAUUUUCUCUUUUCUGUAGUGUCUACACUUGCGGAUUACUACGUAAUUGCUGGAGUGGUUUUUCAGGCUCCAGAUGUUGGCUCAGUGAUUAAUUCACGUCUGUUAACAAGUGUUCACCAUCUUCAAUCAGCUUUUGAUGAAGCACUCUCCUACUCCAGAUACCACCCAUCUAAAGGUUAUUGGUGGGAAUUUAAAGAUCAAGAAGCAACAGACAAAACCAAGACCAAAGAAAAGGUUAAAGAAGAACCGAGUUCCAUCUUCCAGAGGAGAAGAGUUGACAUACUUCUUGCUGAGCUCACAAAAAAGUUCCCUCCAAAACUUCCAUCUCCUCCACAACUAGAAAAACAAACAGAGGAAAGUGUGAAAACUGAAAUAAAAGUUGAAGUUAAGCAAGAAAAAACAGAAACACAACAUGCGGCUCCAUUUCCAACUCAGUCGGCAAAAACUGGAAUUAAACCACCACCAGAGAAGAGACCACGACUUGCAUGAAAUAUCUAAUCUUUUGACUGUAUUUAAGAUGUAAAUAAAUUGACUAAAAAAAAA